AUGACCUCGCUUUCGUCUGCCGUAUCGCUUGCAGCUCUAGUCUCGCUUGUCACCACAGAAGUCCUUGCCACUCCCUUCACUACCCCACAUGCUCAGCUAUUGGCUGAGAGAGGGUUGGGAGACAAAAGCUACACCCCAUACGAGGUGUCGUGUCCCACCACCUGGACAUGGGAAGGCCUUGCUACUGUCGAAAAACAGUACAUCAACGAGCGACACAAGCUCGUGGGUCCAGCAGUCGAAAAGAUGAUGGCUGCUCGGGGUCUCGAGAAUCCACCUCGGAUACCCAAUAUAGGUGUGGCACUUUCAGGAGGAGGCUAUCGAGCCAUGUUGGUCGGCCUCGGUGGAGUCAUGGGUCUCAUGAAUCAAAGCCAGGAAGCCUCAGAAAGCGGCACCGGGGGCUGGCUCGAAGCUGUGACUUACUGGUCGGGCCUAAGUGGUGGAAGCUGGGCCACUGGAUCUUUCAUGGCGAACGGCGGUCCCCUUCCCAGCAGUCUCAUUGACAGCCUAUGGGAUCUCAGUUCCAACUUGAUCUAUCCCAGUGAGAACAAGGUCUCCUUCUACUCUGAGCUUUACACAGAGGUCACCGCCAAGCAAGACGAACACUUUCCUGUUCAAGUGACUGAUCUUUGGGGUCUCGCUCUUGGCUCCCACCUGCUUCCAGAAGACUAUCAGCUGGACAACAGUCCCAACUUUACGAUAUCAAGUCUGCCCCAGAUGAUCCCAGCCAUUGCCAACGCUAGUCUCCCCAUGCCUAUCAUCAUUGCUGCCCAACGUGAACAGGGCGAGCUUGUCAUUGCCGAGAAUGCAACGGUCUAUGAGUUCACGCCGUACGAAUUCGGUUCUUGGGCAUUCGGCAGCAACUACAAAAGCGCCGGUGCGUUCACGUCUGUGGAGUACCUCGGCACAUCCCUCGACAAUGGUGCUGCGAACGGCACCUGCUGGAAGGGUUUUGACCAGCUCUCCUUUGUCAUGGGUACCUCUGCCACCCUCUUCAACAGCGCUUGGCUCGCGCUCAACCAGUCCGACACUGGCCUCGUCGGCGACCUCCUCCAAAGCAUCCUCGAAGACCUCGGCGACAGCCAAGUCGAUGUCUCUCGCAUCCUUAAUCCCUUCGCCAACUACAACACGGGCGAGAACCCUGUAUCUUCAUUCGAGUACAUCACUCUCAUAGACGCCGGGGAGACCAAUCAAAACAUCCCGUUCGAGCCGCUCAUCGCACCCUCGAGAAACGUCGAUGCCAUCAUCGCUUUCGAUGCGUCUUUCGAUACGAACACCACUUGGCCUAAUGGGACCGCGCCCCGGACGACCUUUGAGAGGGCUAUGGUACUGGCACAGUACCAGGAUGUGGAAGUCAGCAUGCCCGAGGUGCCGAGUCAGAACGGCUUUAUCAACGGAGGUUACAACUCUCGCCCAACACUCUUUGGAUGCAACCGAACGGACACGCCCAUUGUGGUGUACGUGCCAUCCUUCCCAUGGAGCUAUGGGGCAAACACUUCUACAUAUCAAAUGUCAUAUGACAAUGACGAAGCUCUCGAAGUGAUGCUAUCGGGCAUGCGGUCUCUCACCCUCAACGGCUCCGUCGAAACGUGGCCCACCUGUCUCGCAUGUGCCCUGACCGACCGCGCAUUUGCAUACACCUCCUCCAACCGCUCUUCCACCUGCCAGACAUGCUUCGACACAUGGUGUUGGGACGGCACUGACGACACGAGCGAGCCCGAGGAGUAUGCCCCAAAUAUUGGUGGUGUGCCGCCUUGGUUGACCGAGAAGGGGUUGAGCAUAGGGGUGCAAGAUGCGCCUUCUAGCGACACUUCUAGAAACUCUUCAUCCGAGUCUGGGGGCUUCAGAGUGGCCGGUAGCGUGCCUUGGGCAAUGUCGAUGGCGUUAGCAGCAGCAGGUGUUGCGGCCUUGGCCCUCGACCUGUAA